GUGAAGCAGAAGGAACAAGAGAAGAGCGAAUAGCGGAGAAAGGACUUGGAAGCGGCGCAGAAAAGGAAGCAGGAAAUGGCCAAGGAGAAAGAGAAGAAGCAGGAUGGGACGAUGGGAAAGGAGGGGAUAUUGCGUAUGCUUCGGAUUGGGAGCUUGUGGGCGAGACCAGAUAUGUACUUAACACUGUAUCUUACACUGAUAAGCUCGCCAUUGUGCUCGGCAUUCAAAGCGUCGACUUGA